CUAACCCUAUACAGCCCAUCUUCUACGUGCAAAAACAGCGUGCGGAGGACGGCCACAUCUCCGACCGAAAACAAGUGGAUCUCUGUGGAUAAGAUCACCGGGCAGCCAUGGAAGAACUUACGGCUUUUGUAUCCAAAUCUUUUGACCAGAAAAGCAAAGAGAGCAGCAGCGGCAGUGGCAGCAGCAACAAGAAGGAGACGAUCACGUACAGGGAAGUUUUGGAGAGUGGGUUGGCUCGCUCUAGGGAGCUUGGAAACUCUGACUCUAACCUGCAGGACAUGACCGAGAGCAGCAACCAUUGCCCGGUGCAUCUUUUCAAAGACCACGUAGAGAGCGACAAGGACAAACUGAAGGAGUUCAGCACGGGCAGGACGGCGGAAGGGAUCUACGAGUGCAAAGAGAAGAGGGAAGAUGUGAAGUCAGAAGAUGAAGAUGGACAGACCAAGCUCAAACAAAGGAGAAGCAGAACCAAUUUCACACUAGAGCAGCUGAAUGAGCUGGAAAGACUUUUUGAUGAGACUCACUAUCCGGAUGCCUUCAUGAGGGAGGAACUAAGCCAGAGGCUGGGACUGUCUGAAGCUAGGGUUCAGGUCUGGUUCCAGAACAGGAGAGCAAAGUGCCGAAAGCAGGAAAACCAGAUGCACAAAGGUGUGAUCCUGGGAACCGCCAGCCAUUUAGACGCCUGCAGAGUGGCCCCCUAUGUGAAUAUGGGAGCCCUGAGGAUGCCUUUCCAACAGGUAGUUAGCUGCCGUGUCUCUGCCGCCGCCGCCCAGGUCCAGGCGCAGCUGCAGCUGGAGGGCGUGGCCCACGCGCACCCGCACCUGCACCCGCACCUGGCGGCCCACGCGCCCUACCUGAUGUUCCCGCCGCCGCCCUUCGGGCUGCCCAUCGCCUCCCUGGCCGAGUCCGCCUCCGCCGCCGCCGUGGUGGCCGCCGCCGCCAAGAGCAACAGCAAGAACUCCAGCAUCGCCGACCUGCGGCUGAAGGCCCGCAAGCACGCCGAGGCCCUGGGGCUCUGA